AUGAUAACCAAAUUAAUAAUUAUCGAUUUUACUCUAAUAAUACUCUCAACAUGUGAGCCAGACCGCAGAGUGAUAACAACGUUGAAAUAUUCAAAUUAUUACGUGAAACCAACUAUCGUGAAUGGAGAAAUAGCACCGAGCGGACGACUUCCAUACAUGGUAUCCAUUAAAGAACCAUUACGCAAGAUCGGAGAAGGGAGGAUAAUUUGGAAAAACCUUUGUGGUGGUAGCAUUAUAAGCGAAAUCAAAGUUCUAACUGCAGCGCAUUGCUUUGAAGGUAAAAAUUUCUACUACGCAAAAAGCCCUCACGUCCUACGCGUUGUCGCCGGCAGCCUACGCAAUGACCUAACUCAUUCCGGUGAAACAGAAACGAAUUAUAUCAGACAAUGGAGGAAAUUACAAAAGGUUGUAUUGCACAAUCAAUACCAUUUCCCGAAACACGAUAUAGCCCUUGUGUUCGUUAAUGAGGAGUGGAUAUUUACGACCUACAUAGAUUACGUUAUAACGGCCGUGAGGAGCAUAGAUUAUCCAAGGUCAUGCGUGUCUGCGGGUUUUGGUAGAAUAGGUUAUAGCAGCCGGGAUAAAAUUUCGCCGGUAUUACUCCUGGCACGAAUUAACACGAUACCGAAAUCGCGUUGCUCAAUGAUUUGGGAAAUGAAUAUGAAUACCUUUAUUUGUUCGGAUUCAGCUUUGACGGAUGUAUCGCGGGGCGAUUCUGGGGGACCUCUAGCUUGUAAAGGUACAGUGGAUCCCGUGGAAAAACCAGAUAGGGAUUUACUAGUUGGUGUGGUUAGCGGCAAGAAUUUUGACAAAACGACUCUAUACACCAGAAUAUCUGAAUAUCACGACUGGAUCGAAACAAAUACGACUGGGCAAAGACCUCUCUUGCUCGCUGUGUUCCAAUGCAGAUCGCGUUUCGUGUGA